AAAAGACCAAAUAAGGCAUACAAAUAAUUUUGAUCAUAAAAAGUCAAUCUCCACCAGACUUUCAAUAAUGCCCAGAGAAACGGAUGAAUAACAAUUCGUACUUUUAUAUAUAAUUAAAAGGUACAUAUUUUAUUAUUUUUCAGGAUCAGCCAAUAAUUAACAGAUGAUAUCCUUUUGGAUGUUGUAGUAACAGACUCGCAAGGGAAUUAAAUUAAAUAUGGCACCACUGCUAAGAUCAUCAUUAUCAUCUAAACGAAAAAAGCCAUCUUUUGAAGCGGUUCGGGCUAUAAGAAAAAAACUGAUGAACAAAAUGUUUCGAUAUAAACAAGGUCCAGCGAAGAAGAAUAAAAUAGACCCAUCGUCGAUUUCGCAAGCUGAUUUUACUGAAGAAAGAGAAAUUCAACAGUAUCUUCUCAUGUUUACCGAUUUACUAAAGCCAGUGACAUCUCAAUUUAAGGAGCUGUUUGUAGAGCUUAAACAAAAUAAUAUAGAAUUACAAGCGACACUUCAAAACUUGGUUAACAAACUAACUGAAUGUUCUAAAUAAGGAUAAAGUUUAUCAGUUUAUUAGGGUCAAUUUGUGUUAUCUAAAUCAUUUCUUUUAAUCAUAUGUUUAUUCGUUAAGUGUGAUAUUCCAUUACCUCAGAAAAACAUCGCAAACUUGUUUCUUCAUUGUAUAAUUGUAUAACAAAAUUAGUGUUAUUAUAACAAUCAUGGGCUUACUUAGAAAUUGAUAAGAAAAUUAAACUUACGCUAAUAAUAUGUAACAUGCAUGACCUCUAAAUUUUAAAGGACAAUAAUAUAGUUAUCUAUUUACGGUUAAAUCUUUAAUCAAUAGUAGUGUUUCUCUAAUUCUAUUUUAUAAUAUCAAGGGUAGAUAGUACUAUUAAUGUAUAAGAAUAGUUUUUAAGUGAAUACCGGAGAGACGAUAAGACUGAAUUCAAUAUAAUAAGAUAAGAAUG